AUGGUUUGCGAAGAGGAGUUGCUGAUUGAAAAAGUGUGCGGGCUGUAUGAACAAAUCUCAAGCCUGGGGAGUCUGAAACCUUGCAAAAAUGUCGACAUGCUUUUCACCCAACUUGUCCUCGCAUGCAUACCCCCUAGCCAAAUCGAUGUCACAAACCUAAACAAAGACGUGCAAGAGGUUAGAUCUAACCUUAUAAGACUCUGUGGUGAAGCUGAAGGUCACUUAGAGACCCACUACUCAACCCUCCUAGGCUCAUACCACAACCCCCUUGAAAACCUUCAUAUUUUUCCUUAUUAUUCUAACUACCUCAAACUUGGUCUCCUUGAGUUCACUAUCCUCACCCAACACAGCACUCAUGUCCCUGCCAAGAUCGCCUUUGUGGGUUCUGGACCCCUUCCUCUCACCUCCAUUGUGUUGGCAUCAAACCACUUACCUUCCACCACUUUUCACAACUAUGACAUGGACCCUUUAGCCAAUUCCAAUGCUAUGCGCUUGGUUUCCUCUCACCCUGACUUGUCCAACCGCAUGGUUUUUCACACCAGUGACAUAUUGGAUGUCACGAACGCUUUGAAGGAGUACGAGGUUGUUUACUUGGCAGCACUUGUCGGAAUGGACAAGGAGGAGAAGAACCGAAUCAUCGAUCACUUGGCCAAGCACAUGAACCCUGGGGCAUUUCUCAUGCUCAGGAGUGCUCAUGGGGCAAGGGCUUUUCUCUACCCUGUGGUUGAGCCUUGCGAUCUUCGAGGCUUUGAGGUCCUCUCCGUGUUCCACCCCACCGAUGAGGUCAUCAACUCCGUUGUCAUAGCACGAAAAUAUCCUGUGCCUGUGCACUCCCUUGAUCAAGGCCUUGGUUCCAUGAUCCUUCCCAACAAGUGUUCCGAGAUUCAAGCCUUCAACCCCCUCAACCAUGGGAACAUGAUUGAGGAAUUGGCCGUUGAAGAGAAACUCUUGUGA